AUGAACGCCGAGCAGGUCCUGGAGAAGCUGCGCGCACAAAGCCUGCUGGUGCUCGAGGACGCCGCAGCCGAGACGGGCGCCGCGAUGAGCCGCGAGGCCAAGCACACGCUGACGGGCCUCGCGGAGGCCUACCUGCACCACAUGGCGCACGAGCUCGAGUGUUUCGCGAAGCACCGCAGCAAGGCGGGCAAGACAGUAACCGCCGACGACGUCCUGCUCAUGGCGCGGUCGAUGCCGGAAGAGCUCCGCGACCAGCUCCGCGAGGAGGUGGCGAGCACGAGGGCGGCACCGGCAGCACGACCCGCGCCGGCAGCGCCCGCACCGCCCGCGACCGACGCGCACGAGCCGAGCGCCAGCCAGCUGCCGCUGCGGACCGCCUACGGCGCCGCGCGUCCCGGCGGCGACCACGUGGCCCCCAGUCAGGACAGCGGGGAGCCUCUGGCAAAGAGAAUGAGACCCCCCCCGCCCACGUUCGAGCUGUCCGACGACGAGGGCGCGCCGAUCUGA